GGAUAUUCUACUUUAUAGUUCAAACAAAUCAAGUAACAAAAAAAUGGAUUUGGAUGCAGUUUUACCAUUUAUAAUCUUGCCCAUUUUACUUUUAAUAGCUACAUUGUCUCACAUAAUCACUAUAAUAAUUAUGGUGGUAAUAGGAAUGGGCACUUUAUACGUAGUCUCACGACCACGUCAAAAAAACAGGUCACCAUUUUUCUUCUCAUGGACUUUAUCAUCAGGCAUAUGCAUGUUUCUCGUCUUUGAACUGGGAGUACUUCGAUUACUUGAAAUAACUCAACUUGAAAACUUCAUAUUUCUGCUACUUUUAGCAUGUACAUGUUAUUUCUUUUAUAAAAUGAAAGCUAUUGCUGAUUAUGAGUUAGCAACUGGUUCAUCCAAAGGAAAAGUAUACAGUCCAGUUUUAACAGCAGAUUCUCACUACUGCCAGAUUUGUCAAAUUGAAGUGAAUGAGAAAUUCUUUCACUCUAUAUGGUGGGAUUGUUGUGUACUUAGACCUAACUACAUUCACUUCUUAGCUGGACAAGUAUUUGCUUUUGGAACUCUUUUAGUUGGUGUCAAUCUCGGACUUACAACAGUUUGUCAGCCGUUUGUAUUUUAUGGAACAAUACUGUUGCCACAAGACUGUGAAGAUGUUUAUUAUGAAUUUGAGUUAGCAAUAUGUUUUGUAGCAUGCAUUUAUGGAGUGGGAUAUCUGUUUGUUAUAUCCAUAGUACUGCUUCACCAACUACUAGUUUACAUACCUAAGUACAGUGAACCCCAAUGGAGGAGAUUAGUGAAUGUACUCAAUGUAUGA